UUUAUCUGAAUCUACCUGAUAGGAAUUACCACCGUCCUAACAAUAAGAAGUGGAGAUGGAAAAAGAGUUUAUACCUGAACAAAUUUUUUGUACACACUUUGCCAGUGCUUUUGUCUUGUGAACCCACGCUGUAAUACAACGUUACAAGAAUGUAUCACCACCGAAAUACACGAGCUACCACCUUCCCCAUUAGUCCGCUGGAAAUACAAUUUCAUGUAGAAGAUGAGAAAACACACUCACAAAAAGUCAGAACAUUCAAUCCAUUAGAGAUUCCAGUGAAAUAUAACGUUUAUACACCUGUAAUGGACACGUUUGUGAUAGAGCCACAGGGUUUGCUUAUGAUCACACCCCGCUCGUGUGGACAUUUUUUUAUCAGACUUGAAAACCCCAAAACCACAGAAGCCGAUUCAAAAAGUCUUUUUUUGUUCACUGUGUCGGACAUCCACACAGAGGGGGUUAUUGCUCGAAAUACGUUGUUGAAACGAUUUUGGCUCCAGAUGAAAAUGUAG